AUGGCGAACAAUGAUACCAUGUCGGAGGUAAGAGCAGUACGAAUAGCGUCAUUACGGUUUCUCCACUCAUUCUUGUCAUUGAAAACCUUCACAACUUACAUAGUAUCCUCACGGCCCUCAUUUUCAGUCAAAGAUUCUGCAGAGACGGCACGAUUGAAACGGAUAGGUGAACUGUGGUAUAAAAGUGCACAUCCCCUGAAAGCGAGCGGUCGCUCGGAUAAAGACAUAGAAAUUCUACAUAAAAAGGUCGAUGAGG